AUGAAGUUCGCAGUGGUAUUUUCCUUGCUUUUUUCAUUUGCUUACAGCUCCAAAUUGAGCCUUACUGAUACAAGCCAGGAUAGCAGUACUCAAGUCAAUGUGACAGAGUCAGAGAGAGCAAAUAAGGAGACUGUUAGCAUUGAUGUUCAGCGCGUGGAUGUGGACCGUGACGCAAAUGGCGGCUUCGAAGACGCUAGAAUUCUGAAGGUACUCUUUUCCCAUUUGAUUCGAUCACCAAGAUAUGUUGCUAAAAUGUUGUAACAGUCAACGAAAUUAUUUAUUGAAGUACUCUUACUAAGAGCACUGUCGAGAUCGUAGCGUGGAUGAAAGUUAAAAGAAGUUUAGUUUAUUGUACGAAGUGUUCAAUGCAGUAUUACACAGAAUGACGUAGCAUUCUCAAAAUAUUCGCGGACUUCGGCAUUAGUGGGGUGUGUGAACUGCGUGCUUCAUUAACUACGUUAUACCUCUUUUAAAAAGAUGUUUUGUCUAGUUGUGUCACUUGAAUUGGCAACGCGAUCGAAUGUUGGUUUAUUUUCCUAAAACAUGGGGAUUGAUGCUCGUAUUACGAACGAACCUGUGUUCCUUCUUGGUUUCACUUUCUUUGCUGUCUCUGGCAACUUUCUAGGCGUAUUCUGGACGAAAUUAAAUAAUAAAGAUAGAGUGCAGUAAGCUGAUCCUAUGUAAAGUUUUUGUUUUUUGGUAUAUUGUCCUAUUCAAGUUCUUGCGUACAUUUGCUUUUCCGCAGUUGAUUACAGCUGUGAAGCUGUUUUGAAGGCACGUUUGAAACAGUUUUGUUUCUACCCAUAGCAGGCGGAAUUCGAAAGUCGUGCCAACAUUUCAGUGAAAUUGUUAUCAUAUGGGUGCUCUUAGUAACUAAGUUGGAAAGUUGGGAAACUUUUCACCAGAAUAUGAAAGAGGAAAUUUUUGUAGACUUUGCUAGCGUCAAUACAACCCACAGACAGCAGUAAGAAUUUCCGUAUCUGUUAUUUAUUUCAGCUUAGAAAAGCUUGGAUAGGUUUGAUAUGAUGGCAGUCAUGAUAAAAAAUGAAUGUCAUUUAUUGGUAAGCCACAAAAAAAAUAAUAAUUAUUCAAACAGCUGCAGUUUAGUGUUGGUCUAUAAAAGAAUGCAUGCAUAUUAUUAAAUGCAUGCAUUAAUACGCUGAGUUGCACAUUUAACUUUCAUGAGUUGAAAGCAACAUUUCCUGCUCUUUUGUUGGAUGGGUAUUUGGCUUAUUAUAUCUCUUAGAAGACUCUGGACAGUGAAUAUAGAUGUGGUCUUUUGUAUACUAAUAUACUACAUAUAUACUACAGCGACGUUAUUUUGUCGGUGUUGUUAUGGACUUUGAGAUGGGAAAAAACAACGUUGUUUGAACUUCCCUAGAAACUGAAAGUAAACCAGGAACAAUAGAAUUUGAUGUUCAUGAGCCACAGGGUCUCAAAGGAGAGGUCAAAAGGAACUGGUUUUUAAAAAAGUAUAAUUUUUAGACAAAGGUUUCUUGUUCUAGUUGACAUUUACAUUGGUGCCUACUUUAUAGGCCAAAACUCUUCUGGGAUGAUCACAUACAUAAGCAGUCAAAAAACACCACCAGGAAAACAACUGUUAGAUUGUGGUUUGCCUUAAAUAUAAACAGUAAUAUGAAACCCCCAUUAACAGUCAUACAAAAAAUUAAGGCACUGAAUGAUAAAUUAGAUGUUUGCUUGAACAGUUUUGACUUUGGCUUGUCCAAUUAAUUUACUGCAGUCAAUUGACUUGGCAGUGGAGUGUUAUCUGUUUUGAAAAUUACUGAGGUGUAAACUUCAUUCAGAGGUGGUUGAAUUUUUUUUUUAUUUUUUUUAUUGCAAGUAAAACACACACAGAAAAGAAACAAAAAUUACACAGAAUAAAUAAAGUAAUAAAAACAAAAAACAAAAAAAAAAUAGCAAAUUUACACACUUACAUGGCAAUAUACUUACAAAUAUUAAAAUACGUUACAGCAGUGCUAAUUCCAUAUAUUACCAGGGUUGUCACUAAGGUUUCAAGUUGCCGGGUAAAUACAACAAGUAGGCGGUGAAUCAAACGGCUAGGGAUUUCUUUUGGUUCUAUUUUUCUUCUAUUUUCCAAUAAAAGUAGCCGGGGGCCACUCUCUUAGUAGCCGGGGAAAAUCCCCGGCCCCCGGCUCUUAAUGACAACCCUGUAUUACUGUACUUAGUACGAUCUACAAUUAAUUUUUACAUUUUUUUUUCUUUCUUUGUGGUGAAAGUAAUAUAAAUACUCAUGGUAGGUGCACAUGUUACUAAUUUAUGUUUUUGGAGUUAGGAGACAAGAUCCAGCGAGGAAAAGAAAGGUUUCCAUUUUUUUAUAUUAUUUAAAGAGCAUGGAAAAUGUACUUUUUGCCAUGAAGAGAAAGAGGAUUUGACGCAUCUAUUUUGGAAAUGCCGAAAAAACAAAAAUUUUUGGGAUAAUUUCUCGGUAUGGCUUCAGUCGUGCCAGAUCCUCCAACCAGGCAGUUACUUAGACAUGACUACCGCUUUGGGCCUAACGCCAGACAGCUCUUCCUUUAAGCUCCAUGUAAACUUCUGUUGUCUUAUAGCUAAGAACUUUAUCUGGAUAUGCAGCUAGAUCAAAAGAAUGUCUCCCAAUUCACAACAAUUUCUUGUUUUAUCUGAGACAUAUAUACCAAUUAGAAAAUAAGACACCGCGCAAUACAAAAGGUGGUUGAAACUUGCAAGAACAUGUUAACUGUAUGGUUACAGGUCAAAAUUAAAUUCUAGUUGAAUUUUUGCAACCUUGGUAGUUUCCCAAUUUCCUUUGUCUCUUAGCCCUAAUCCAUGAAUAUUAAAGGACUAGGAGGACAAGGAAAUCAAGAAUCAACCCAGGUUGAAAAAUUUUAACCUGAAUUUAUUUUUGGCCUGCAGGAUGCAAAGAAAAUCAUUUUUACAGCUUGCCUUUCUGGCAAGCUGAAGCUAGCAUUUACUAGCCCAGUUGUCAUUUCAACUAGCCCCAAAAGCUUUUUGACAAGCAAAAUUGAUUUCACAGUUCUUCUGUUAUGCAAAUUCCUCAAAAAAACAUCACUUGCCCAUCUGGCAAGUUAAAAACAGAAUUCUCUGCCCAAUAGCAAAAUCCACUUGCCCCGGGCUAUCAGACACUACUCUCUUUGCACACUGACCUGUAACACAUAUACAAUCUUUGUGAAUAAUGUGUGCUAUUUUAGGUAAAACCAACUUUAUUUGGGCUCAAUUUUAUCCUUUGUUAAAAUUUUACUUUCCUUUGUGUCAAAGUCAUGAACAUGCAAGUUUUUUAUAUAGUUUGAAAUGGAUAUUCACUUAUCCUCACUUUCUUUAAAAUGUAGAUUACGUAUGUAACUAAAUUCUGGCUUCAUGGCUAAAACACAAACUAAUGUUCACCUUAAGGAAGACAAAAGGAGGAAGGAAAAGCUAAAAAUACUUUGCACCUGGUAGAAAACAAGCUGUAGGGAAAACAGUUAGGAAAUAACAUUGCAUUAAUCUUUGAUUAGAAUGAAACUUACUAAAUAGUGAAAAAUAAUGAAACUCUCUAAAUAGUGAAAAGUUUAAGACAAGUUAUUAUUAACCACAAUGCUAUUUAAAAAUCAUCCUUCACUGGAGAGUUUUGUUAUUUGUCAUAUGCCAGUUACCAGCCACCGUAAUUAGGAAAAAGAAGAGUUACAGCUGUCAGUAAGUGACAGCCAUAAUGCAAGAUCAUUUCAAGUUUUGUGACAUGAUAUUCAUCCUGCUAUUAAAAUGGCCACCUGCAUGAACAAAUAAUAAUAUUUGACGCAUGGCCACGUUUUUUGACAUGUAAAAAAAAAGUUCAUUGUUCUAAAAAUUAUUUUGAUAUUUUCCCACAGAAACAACUUCCUCUUAUAACAUUUGUUUUGUGUUUCAAUAGUGAUCGGUGUCUAUUUUCUCCUUUCAAUACUGAAUACCCCCCCCCCCCAAAAAAAAAGGGAAAAAAGUAUGAGAUAAUUUAUAAGAAGCUUGAGAGAGUUCUGUGACCUUGAGCUUACUCUUACCCAAAUAGUUGCAGAAGCAUUGAAUUUCCUGCUUCUAAUGGUAUACUCUGUCCAAUCCGAAGCAGGUAUUUUCAACUUGUUCUGGAACUUUUUUCUUUUUUGCUAUGUUAACCCUUUCACCCUGGGAGAUUUUGUCGAAAAACGUAUUUUGAAGCUAGUCGAGUGGUUUUCUGGUCACUAUUGUGCUAUUAAGAGCUAAAACUUGACGCAAAGCCGUUUACAGGUCGUACACUUCACAGCCUUCUGAUCCAGGUGCAAAAUAUCAGCUUGUGAAGUUCAGGCAUGCGCAGAAAGCAAAAUGUUGAGACAGUUUUGGGGUUUAAAAGUGACACAGCAGUAUUGCCUUUUACUUGUUGCUUUCUCUCCUCUCUUCUUUUUUCGUUUUUCUUGCCUCAGUUUUUUCUUUCGCUGGACAUUUAGUAUGCUUCAUUUUGGUGGGAAAAGUUUUUAGGAAAGCUUUUUGGAUCCUAGUAUUACGGUAGAUGAAAGGAAAGGUAGGUGGGUAUAGUGGAACAAGAUUUUUGUGGCAACCUACAAUUUUGCCAUUUUUUAUUGCAAUGAAAAGUUACAGAACAGUAUAAUAUUAUUUGGAAAUAUGGCUAAAAAGAAGUUGGAUGAUGAAAGUAACAUGCCUUUAAACAAAAGAGGUAUUAAGAAUCAAUAAGUCCCCAAUAGUUUUGUUUACUACACAUUAAAGUAACAAUCCACAAAAUUCAAGGUUAAUCAAACAAAUCACUUUGAGUUUUAGCUUUUGAAAGCUGAAUCAGAUGCAUGAACUUAAAAAUCACCAAAAAUUGACAGUGUGAGAUUUCAAAAAAAAUGUUACUUUGUUCAUAAAGAUAGCCACUUCAAUUAUGUGGAUAUGGAUUUUAGGUAUCUGCUGUUAAACUGCACUACAUGUACAUAACUUGCAAGAGACUCCUGAAUGUAGAGUGUGUAUCUGGUAACCUUAAGUUGGCCAUAGUUUUCUUAAACAGUAUUUCCUCAAAUAAGCUGCUUGGUGCUUAUUGGAAGGAGGUCACUAAAUCAAGGGGCGAAUGCUUAUUAAGUUCUCCUGUUGUUAAUCAAGCUUACCUUAGUCCCAUUAUACAGUUUACACGCAGAGUCAUCACAGUGUUCCAAGCUGCGACCAUUUUGGUCGUCAUGGCAAGUAGAAAAAAAUUUCAGCGACUAAAAUUGUGGUGAAAGUCACCAAUUUGACGACCUGUGUCCAGCAAUCUCAUGCCAAGAUAUUCCCAAGAAAUUCCCGAGAUUUUGUGAGAUGCAUUUUCAUUUAUGCUUUGUUUUCUUGAUAACUUGCCUAAUUUCACCCUGGUUCUCCGGGUAUUAAUCCUUGAGAUGUCGCGUUCACCUCCAAACUUUAUUGCAAUGGUUGGGCAGUCAUUUUGAUUCUGUCAAACGCUCAUGUAGUCUGAAACAAAGUGUCCCUUUUUUCUGGCAACCAAAAUUUUAUGUCUGGCGACCAUUUUGAAAUUUUGGAUCGCCGGAAGGCGACUCUGAAAAAAGUUAAGCCUGGAGCAUUGCAUCAAUAAAGUGGCAAUAGAAACAGGUUUUCCUUGUAUCCCUAUCAAGAAAGUGAAGGGGGAGGAGAGGGGGUGCGUAUUUGAGGGGGAUGCUUGUUUGAUAUUUUGGCCUAGGGGCUGGGUGCUUAUUCAGGGGAGGGCACUUAUUAAAGCAUUUAUUACAUUGAAUAAUUAAUAAUAUCUUUUAAUGCACAAGUAUAACCAGUAUUUUGUUUUAACAGGUAAACAUCAGAGUGAGUGUUAUUGAUGGUGUGGUUCAUGUCAACAACUCCAAAGCUAUUCAUAAAGCUGUUACAACCUUCCACUUCUAUGCAGAAAUUGGUAAGACAAAAUGAUAUUGGACACAAAAAGAUCAAUUGUUAUAAUUCAAUAGAGAGGAGAAGUGUACCAUCAUGUUACCAUGAUAGCAAAAUUUCUGGAUCGUACAUGUAACAAUAUUUCUUGAUGGCAAAUUGCAUUUGUGAAUGAUGGAAGAAAAGUAUGGGCUACAAUUUUGUUCCUGAGUGCAACCAUUUGUGCCAGACCACAGUUUGUUGAGAUCCAGAAAUUUUGCUACCAUGGCAAUGUGACAUAGUGACUUCUCCUGUCUAUUGACUCUCUUGUAAACAAUCAUCUCUGGAUAAGCAAGUUUGGUGAUUUUCCAGGAGAUGGUACAUAAAACUUACAUUUAUUUUAAAGCACUGCAGCUUUGAUGUUGGAAGGCCCCAAGUUCAAGUCCCAGCCUGACCUCUAGCUGUAUUUGUUUCUCCUUUGCCCGAAGUACCCCCUACGCCGCACUUGAAGACUACAGUAUAAAUAGUCAACUUGUUCACCUUCUGCCCAUUGCAAUUCUUAACCUUAUUAUGGCUAAAACUAGUAAUAACCGCAGUCAAAUGCUUUUGCUCAAACACUGUACUUUUGUAUAAGUUUCACUUGACAGAUUGUUGAAACAUGCAUGAUCAGAUUAUGCAGGGUAGAAGUUCGAAACGCCCCUGAUCAAAUUGCGUUUUGUGCAUUCCAUUCAUUCUUAGUAGAAGUCCAAACGAAUGCUGGCUACAUACAUGCAGUGCAUGCAUAAUAACAACCUUGAGAUUAGGAUUGCGGGCUCCUCUUGUCGCCCGCAAAAAGCUGGUCAGUGGACAAUGUCUGGCCAAGAUGACCAUUUGUCCCGACGAAUUUUUGGUUUGCAAGUCAUUUUGACUGGACAGGUUCCCUGUAAAUGGAAUGGAAUGAUUUUAUUCAAGUUGUACGUUUUACGUACACUUUUUCUUCAGGAGGAAUUAUAUUUUUGCUUGUUAGCUAUUACGUCUAAAGGUCCUGGUUUAAAUGAUUAUUGCAUUAUUUUUAAUACCCCGUGUAUUUUGUUUUGUUCACAGACUUAGUCUUAGAGUGACAGAUUAUCUCCUUAUAUUUUAGUCCGGGCCCGCUGUAAUUGGCCACAUCUGUUGCGGUGUCCCUGCCAACGUUCUUUCUGUUUGUUUGUUUGUUUGUUUGUUUUUUGGCGAAGUAAAUAAAAUAAAAUAAAAUAAAAUAAUUUAUUAUCAUUAACCAAGAGUUAAUUUUAUGGUUCUUUGACAUUUUUGCAGAUGAGAUCGGCAAGAAUAGAGAAGUGUUGCAGCACAUGACAAGUGUUCCUAUUGUAAUCAGGGUCUUGGUGACUGAAUCUGAAGUCCCUGCUAAUGAUGGAGGAGUCUUCAAAGUACUGAAGGUUGAAGAGGAGAUUAUCAGGGUGGACGGCAAGGACGUUCAGCAGAUCAAAGUGAAGCAGUUUGUGAUGAAACUGGAUUCUGCCAACAAUGAGCUCCUUGCUAAGCGUGAAGUUACAAUGAUUGAGUUGAAAGAUUCAGAGAUACACAAGCGGCCUAAAGAAAGCGACAAGCAUCAAUAUCCCCACGGUAUUUAACACUGAACAUUUGUUUUACCUAACACCAUCUUCUCAAAAAUAGCGUAACCCAUUAUGUCCUAAGAGUGACCAAAACCUAUUUUGUCCCAACAAUAUCAGUAAAUAAUUAAGAGAAAAGGUUAUGAGAAGUAAUAAAAUGAUCAGCAAAGGAAAAAUGCUUUGAUCUUGACUUUUAUCAAAUUGCCUCAACUAAUUCUUUAAGGCAAUGUAUGGAGACUAGUUUGGAGUCUAUAUAACUGAAUAUUAGGGCUUAAAGGGUUGAGUUUUUUAAUGUAACCCAUGCUUCAGAUGUAAUUAAAUGCCAGUACAAUGUCUGCAAUGUAUUUAGGAAUGUCAGAAAGUUUUGAAGUAGAUGGCUGAGUAGUUCAGGGAUAUUUUAUUUAAAAAACACCAUCUGUGACGAAAUGCCAUGGUAAUUGGCAAGGGUUGACCGGAAAGUUUGUGCAAGUCCCAAGACAUUUUUUGACACCUAAGAAACACAAGUAUUUAAUCAGGGUGGAGAUCGUCUUGUAUCAGUGAACCCUUGAAGUGGCCAGUGUUCUUCCCUAUGACCCCCUCGGUAUGUUUAGGAAGAGUACCAUGAACAAAGUUUCCAUUUCAAAUUAUACAUUUAACUUUGUUCCUGUUGUUUCAACAAGUUUUGUUUCUUUGUGUAUGACACAUUAAUUUCCUUCUUUUUAACAUGUUACUCUUUCUUUCGGAUUAAUCUCCUUUUAUUAAGUCAUUUUCCCUUAAAUUCAUGUCAGUCUAAGUCACGUGAAUUUCCAGUACCUUAACUUCUUGGAGCGUUAAUUCCUUACAAUAAGGUAAUUGUGUGUUCUUCACAUACAUGUAGCUAUCAUCAUCCCAAUGAUGCAGAAUUGUACACUGUGCACCGUGCAGCUCAUAUUACUCUUGUUGUUCUUUAGGUCGACUUCCAGACGAGCCCUACAAACAGCCCAAGCUUCCUGAACAUCCUUACAAAGUUGAUGAGGUAAAGUUUAUAAUACAUUAAACAGUGUGUAGUAUCAGACAUCAGUUACUGGACUUUCUUGGUCAUUCUAAGUUGGACCCCUUAAUAAACCAACUUAAGGCUUAACCAUUGUCUGCUUGUUUAUUUUUUAACAAAUAUACUUUUAAAAUCAAUAAGGGAGAAGGGGAGAGAAAAGAGUCUCUUUAAAUAACUAUAAAAGUAUUUAGUAGUGCUUAAUAAAAUGUAAGUUCUCCUGCAGUUUGUGACCUUUUGCCUUGCAUUUUUUUUCUCUUGUUCAGACCAAGAAAGGAUUCUGCUCAAAGUUCUACAAACUCCCAUUUGCUGCCCGCGUUGCAGUGUUUGCGCUGGUUGCUGUGAUUGGUAUUGCCACUUUUAGCUGUUGCUUGUGGGUCUUCUGUUGCAAACCACCAGCUCAGGGCAAGAAGAUUGACUUGAAAGAUUUCGAGGACAAGUUUUCGUAUGAUGGAGAGUUUGAAGCACCAGCUCUAGAGCAGAAGUUGCCAAUUGAGAAGCAGAAACUGGUCAUCGAUGCAUGA